AAAUAAAUCCAAACGAAUCCAGCUAAACACACCAUAGAAGAGAAGCCAGAGCAAGAACCACGUCCGUACCAGUUCCCAGAGCAGCCGAGUCGAACAAAGCGCACCAUAAGCACUCGCCAACACUCAACACAGAGUGGAUGGAGCAAGUCGGCCAGACCACUAGCAAACUAACAACGAAAUACACGUAGCAAACGUUUUUCUCAACGUACGGACGUAGGAGCAGGCAACAAUCAUUGUUUUAGAGACCACCACCACACCAAACGCUUUCCCGUCAAAGUUUCUUUGUUUGAAAAAGUUUCCAAUAUUCAAACACACACCAACGUCAGCCAGCCAGCCGUUGGUUUGGCAAAUAAAAAUUACAAAUUCCGAGGCGAAUGCUCGCAAAAAAAUUAAGAAAAAAUAUUUAGUGCGCAAUUAAGUAAAAAGUAAACGCCAUAACCAACAAAAAAUAUCUACCAAACAAAAAAAAACACAAAAACUAAAUCAACCUAAGCAGGUCUGUGAAUCAUUUCGAAUAUCGAAGCAAUCUAAUCGCGAGUUGUGGCCAAAAAUUCGGAAAUAAAACGAAGAACUUAAGGAGCAGAGAAUUGCAAUUACAUCACCCCAUUGGCGAGCAGCGUCCGUCGGCCCUUCACUCACCGCCGCCACCAUCGUGUACAUGGGAUAACAAGGUGGACGAAUCCAAGGUGUUCCUCAGGCCCAGAGUCCCCUUGGAAGGGAGUAUGCAUGGCAGUUGACAUGUGAAUGAAAUUCAGCGUCGGGCUACAGCCUCGUUCUAGUAAUCGGCAUUGCACCCAAGUGGCCCCAAUCCUUGACGCCAGGUGCAGGGCAGACUUAGUUGGAUCCCAGAGAUUAGUUGGUUCGUUAUAUUCCAUUUUCGACAAGGAAAGCCAUUGGAUGCUCAAGUAACCCACAUCAAAGUGAGGCGACAGCAACGACCGUUCCACACAAUUGCCGUCAAGCAAGAUAUCCCUCUCGUGAAAGGAGGAAGGAAGCGAAGGAAAUUUCAAUUUGUCAACACAACAAAAACAAAAAAAAGCAACGCCAUAAAAAAGCACCAACAGUUACCCCCUUGACAGUUGACACAAAGCGCCCAAACGACGACGACAACCUCGAAGACAAAACAUAAAGCAACAACAACAAAGUGAGAAACAUAAACAAAGCACUAUAACACAACAAAGAACUGGAGGAGAAAGCCAAAUACACCAGUGAGCAAGAGAGCAAGAGAGAGGGUGAGAAAGAGAGUGGCACAGCGUGAGGCAGAGCACGAAUUGAAAUUCAAAGACAAACGAUUGCAUCGAUUUUUCAAAACCUCUUGGAGGAAUCAAAAUACCAACGGUCGUUUGACUUGGCUUUGGCUUUGGUUCUGGCUUCAAUGAAAUUGCAGCAUUUCCUUUUAGAGGCAAACACCAUCAGCGCCACCAACCACCUUCACCGAGCCGCUACACAACAACAGCAAGCAAACACAACGAACAACACAGCCAACUUCACUGCGACAAGAUGCCUUCACUACUGGAAGCGAUAGAACGCAAAUAUUUCUCGGAUUGCGAUGACGACCACGACAUUACCAUACAGGGAGACAAAGGCAAAGAUGCGGACGCAGCUGCCGGCGGUGGGGAACGCUUGAUCUCCAUAUUUAUACCCAAGCUGCCGCCUCUGCAAUGUGUGCCCGAACUAUUGGUGCUCAACGACUGUGACAUUGACUGUGCGGGUGAUUUCGAGAGCAUCAAAGAUAAGUGCCGUCGUGUACGCGAACUGGACCUGGCCCAAAACAAGCUGCAGGACUGGCAAGAAGUCUUCCAGAUUGUGGAGCACAUGCCUCGCAUUGAGUUCUUGAACCUGAGCAAGAACAAUCUCAGCAAUCCACUGUCCAAACUCUAUGCGCCCCCCAUUACAAAUCUGCGCGGCAUUGUUCUCAACGGCACCUAUCUGAACUGGGAGAGCAUCGAUGUGCUGCUCGAGAACCUGCCCGUGUUGGAGGAGUUGCAUUUGAGUUUGAACGACUACAAAGAAGUGCUCAUCGAUACUGCCGAACUAGCCUCCGAUGCGGAGGAAAAAAGUGAUAACUGCAAAUGCUGUGAUGCCAAGGAGUCUUCCGACGCCAGAAAAUACAAAAAGAUAUCGCCCCACAAAGCCUUGAGGACCCUACAUUUCACCGGCAAUCCGGUGGAAAAAUGGCCCGAAAUAUGUCGCCUGGGAAGGAUAUUUCCCUGCAUGGAGAACUUGGUCUUGGCCGACUGUCCCAUCAAGGCCAUUGAGUUCCCCGAAAAAGAAGACUCCAACUCCAGCAGUGAAGUCUGCGAUGUGUCCGAGGGGGAUUUGCCCCAGAAACACUUCCCCAAUCUGUUAUUCCUGAACCUCAGCUAUGCCUCCAUCAAUACGUGGGAAGACAUUGACCGUCUGGCCACCUUUCCCAAGCUCAAGAAUCUGCGCGUUAAGAACUGGCCUCUGUGGGAGCGCUUGGAGUGCACCGAACAUGAAAGACGUCAACUCCUAAUUGCCCGCCUUCCAAAUGUUGCCAUUUUAAAUGGGGGCGGCGUAAUAACACCCGACGAGCGCGAAGAUGCCGAACGAGCCUUUAUCCGCCACUACAUGGACAAGCCGGAGAGUGAAAGACCCCAGCGUUACUUCGAACUGACCGCCAAGCAUGGCAAGCUAGACCCCUUGGUCAACAUCAGCCUCAAGCCAGACAAGAGGGUGAAGAUUAUCCUCACCUAUGGCGACAAGUCCGAGUCGCGCCUCGUCGACAUCUAUCGCACUGUGGCCGACCUCAAAGUUAAGCUGGAGAAGAUAAUACCCCUCACCGCCAAUAAAAUGCGCCUUUACUAUUUGGACCAAGACUACAAGGACUGUGGGCCGGAGGAGAUGCGCUAUCCCAACAAACUAUUGUACAGCUACAACAUCCAGGCUGGCGAUGAGAUCAUAGUCGAUGAAAAGAAGUGAACUGGGGAGGCCAAGCCGCCCCGUGCACGAAGCUGGAGCAGCAUCCCAUUUGGUAGCUGUAGCAUUCUAAGAUACCCCUUAAGUAUUCUAGUUAUCCUACGCAAUGUCCAUUUAUUGCAGACAUGUAUAAUUCUUAUAUUUUUAUGUAUUAAUACACUACACACACACACACACGCAACUAUACAAACACGUACAGAUUUUAUUCACUCAUGUAAAUAGCAAUCGUAUUUAUCGAAGCCCCGCCCCCCCUUCCCUGUCAACUAAACCAAUACUAAACUUUAAAAAGAAUAAUCAAUUCAAUCAUGAUGUGUAAAUAAAGCGAAAUCGAAAAUAA